GUUAGUUCUACAAACGACCUUUGCCGUACUGAUAUAACACAGCUACGCCCAUUAGAAACUUUCUCUCUCUCGGUGAACUAGCUACGUACAUAGCUAGUUGUCUAACUGGUACCCGCACCUGUACACCGAGGGAGCUUGAGCUAUGGCAGAGAGAAGACAAAGCACGAGUGGAGAGUCUCUCUACCAACUGCUAGGAGUACAGAAAGGGGCCAGUCCAGAGGAGCUUAAGAAGGCGUAUAGAAAAAUGGCCUUACGUUACCAUCCUGACAAGAACCCGGACAACCCAGAGGCAGAGGAAAUAUUCAAGGACGUGAAUAAUGCAAAUUCCAUUUUAACGAAUGAAACCAAGAAAAAGAUCUACGAUCAGUAUGGAUCCAGGGGACUGUCCCUGGCGGAACAAAUCGGAGAGGAGAACCUUGCUGCGUAUAGGUUCCUGGAGAACAAAUGCUUCAGGGCGUGUGUAGUGAUCACUUGCCUCCUCACUGGCUGUUGCUUCUGCUGCUGUUUCUGUGGUUGUUGCUGUUGCUGCUGCCUUUGUGGUGCCUGUGCACCAAAAAGAGACCCGGAUGAGUGGGGUGAUAUAAAACCAGAGGAUCUCGAGGAUGAUGCCAUCUUUGUACAACCUCAGGCUGACUCUCAGCCCAUUAGUGACUCCCAGGACGAUGUUGUCUCUGUGGAACUGGGUACAUCUCCAACAGAAAAGAGCCCCAUCAUUCCCGAGGCCACAACUGGCGGGGAAGACAAACAAGAAAUAAAUGCUUAGUGAAAAACAGACAGUUUUACUUUUUGUGUUUGCACUGUAUACAUGCAAUGUGUAAUUGAUUGGUUUGUUUCUUUUCCUUUAUGAAAACACUUUCAGGUGG